AAAACAUUUUGACGAGAGUGAAAUCUUCCACAUCAAAGGCUGCAAUGAAAAUGAUACUACACAUUCUGACAAUUGUAGAGAAUUCGGGACACUGAACCUAAAACAUCGUUGGAGACUUUGAGAAAAACUUUGAAUAAUUAAUUCGGGAAUUACGUCAUGGGUUCAUCAGAGUUUGACAACCGCAGUGAUGGGGAGAACGACGCCAUGCGAUAUGGGAACGGUUCCCGCACGACCAGGGAUGAUGACUACGGUGACACUGAACGUAUGGCGCUCCUUGAGAAGAAACCAUUGCUGCAAAAUAAGGAUAACCUCAAACAAAGAAAACCUCAAGGGAGGUGGUACGUCCCGAAACGCUACGAAAUUUUGUUCAUGGUCUUCGUUGGAAACGGCUUGAUAUACGCCAUGCGAAUCAAUGUGAGCGUUACCAUGGCCGCGAUGACCAACGCCACAUACACAACUUUCGAUCAUGAUGGAAGCUCUAAUCAAACUGUGGAAACGUGCCCCAAACCGAAUAAUUCGGCUGAGUCCACAAAUGAAAACGGAGAAUUUCUGUGGACGGCGCACCAGCAAGAACUCAUCAUCGCUGGGUUCUUCUACGGCUAUUCCGUCUCACAGAUUCCGGCAGGAUGGCUUACGGAUAAGAUCGGAGGAACACGGGUGUUCGGCUUCGGCAUGUUCAUAUCCGGGAUAUCCAGUCUACUUGGGCCUACAGCCGCUUGGAUGGGACCGGAGUUUCUGCUUGCAGUUCGGAUCUUUUGUGGCUUUUUCGAGGCAGGUACAAUGUCAUCCCUAGGAUCUAUUUUUUCACGAUGGUACUCCGGUGAUCAAAACUCACAUGGACUCGCUAUUGCUAUGUCAGGUGCCAAAUUUGGAACUUUCUUUGGGACUAUCAUCUCCGGAAUGUUAUCCGGUACAAAUUUUCUUGGAGGAUGGCCCUCCACUUACUAUUUCUUUGGCACUAUUACCGUUACGUGGGCACUCCUGUGGUCUGUUUUGAUCUAUGAAAGCCCACAUCUUCAUCCACGGCUCUCACGAGAAGAAUUUGAAUAUCUUUCGUCGGCAGCAAUUACAGAAAAGACCGGUAAGAUUGCAAUACCCGUGAAGUCUAUGUUACUCUCAAUACCAGUCUGGGCUAUCAUCAUCUGCUCAUUUGUUGGAACGUGGGCCAACAACGUCGUUUUUACAAAUCAACCAAUCUAUCUUAAAAACGUUCAAGGCAUGAACAUUGAACUGAUUGGUAUCCUCUCUUCCAUCCCCUUCCUGGCUGAAGGGGGUAUGCUGGUUUUAUGUAGCAAACUUGCAAUCAAAUUAAUCAACGACAAAACACUCAGCGUGGUAGCCACUAGGAAAAUCUUAACUGCAAUAGGUCUAGGGCUCACCGCCGGAUCAUUCCUGCUGUUGGCCUAUGUCGGAUGCAACAGCGCCCUCUCAGUCGUCUUGAUGAUCACUGCUACAGGGUUCAAUGGUAUCGCCUCCAGCGGUUACUACGUCAACCUCAUGGACAUCGCACCCAGGUUUGCAGGUAGUCUCCUCGGCUUUGUCAACACCUCAUCGGCCAUAUCCGGUGCCUUGACACCGUAUGUCAUUGGUGUCUUCACAACAAAUCAGGCUGACAUUCUUGGAUGGCAGACAGUUUUCUUCAUUUCAACUGGACUGACUUUACUAGCUGCACUCGUGUACACUAUCCUUGGAUCUGGUGAAGUGCAAGAAUGGGCUAAAUCAUCUGAUGAAGAAAACUUGUGAAGUUCACUCAAGUUGGAAUUAUUCUCAUUCCAUGAGACUAUGCUUGCUCACUUCAUGUUUAACCGACGUUGGGUUGUACGCUUCCCAUUAAACAUGCAUACUAUGUUUUCUUUAAUCAAGAUGUUUGUCUACGUCCAGUUACGACUUCCGCCUAGCCCACACCACUCUUCAAUGUAAAGCAAGAUAUACCCCAGACCGUUAUACUAAGUUGCGGUUAAUGGUAAUAAGGUAUGAGGGAGGAAAUAAGGACAAUCGGCCUCAAGGACCAUUUGCCUCGUAAGAAGAGCCCAUAUUUCAUUUGGAUCGUAACUGUAAAAGUCAGCUAGAAAGUCGACCACGAUAUUUAUAUCUCGUCUGUCGUUAAGAUUUAAAGUUCCUUUGAUUUGCGUAUCGAGAGGAAACUACCAUGACAACCUGACAACUACGAAACUCGAAGAACUCGGUGUAUUGCUCAGAGCAAUAUCCCUCAUUAUAAACCAUAAAGAUAUCAACAUCGCUUUCUGAACACUGCUGAAAUGGAUAUCCUUUUAAACGUCCGUCCAUGACAAACUGCUCAUCUCAGUCUCAUGUGUUGAAUCAUGUGACUUCUGGUGACUGUUUUAUGAAACUUGUUAUCGUAAUGAAAUUGCAAUUACAGCUUGUAGCUACUGAAAUCAUUCAUUUCGAUAGGCUCAUAAUAAACUUGUUAUAAAUUUUUUUUUUCCUAUGUUGCACAAGUCUUUUAUGAAAGAUGACGCAGUAGAGUCAUCCUGAUGUCGACCGCAACAAUUAUGUUUUCACUUUAAUAGUGUGCAAAUUACAGUUUACAUGAUCAAGAACACAUGCAAACAGUUCCCGAUGUCAAACAAAAUAGUAUAUUAAAAGAGUUUAAUAUAUGAAGCAUAUAGUUACAAGA